AUGGAACUCAACCGAGAACAUUUUCGCGCCAUAAUUUAUUACAACUUUCAUCAGAGUCAAUUAUCCCAACAAGAAUGCCUUGCUGAGUUACUGUCUGUUUUCGUCAACGAAGCGCCACAUCAGUCGACAAUUUCCCGUUGGUAUGCAGAAUUCAAACGUGGACGGGUGAGUCUUAGCGACGAUCCCAGGGUGGGUGGACCAAAAACGGCAGUCACACAGGAAAACGUCGAUGCUGUGCGCAAACUCAUCAUUGAAGAUAGACAUGUGACAUAUCGCGAGAUUGAGGAAUUAGGACAGAAAGCAGCCAGGGUUAAUUGGUGUCAAAAAACGCUUGACCGUUUCAAUUCCGGAAACUCAAAAAAUGUGUACAGCAUUGUUAGUGGUGAUGAAUCGUGGAUUUACUGUUAUGAACCAGAAAAUAAACGGCAGUCGGCUGUUUGGGUGUUCCAAGUCAUCCUUUCUCGAAGUGAUUCGAAAAAGAUGGUCGAGACAUUUGUGUCAAAAGCGGGUCAUAUUGCAACAAUUCCUCCUAAUGAGCAAAUAACUGUUACUGCGGAUUGGUAUACCACCAUUUGUUUGCCAAAAGUCAUCACCGAGCUUCGAAAAAUCAACCCCGAAAGAAGAAUCAUCCUUCACCAAGACAAUGCAAGCUCGCACACAGCCCAAAAAACAAGGCAGUAUUUAACGGAAGAAAACGUGGAAUUAUUGGACCAUCCUCCAUAUAGUUCCGAUCUAAGUCCUAACGAUUUCUUUACUUUCCCGAAAAUUAAAAACAGACUGCGUGGUCAAAGGUUCCAGUCACCAGAAGAAGCAGUUGACACAUUCAAAAAUGCCUGGAAUAAGUGCUUCGAAAAACAUUAA